AUGUCUCGUUACUUCCCUCAUACUCCCUACGCGGAAGACCAACCCCUGGCGGGGACCAUCCUCACUAUACACGUGCUCGUCCGAUCGGUGACGACAGGGACGGUCCUCGGCAUCGGGAAAUACGGAACGCAGUCGCUUGUUCGCCGGAUCCGAAAGCAGCCCGCCCCGCUGGUCCCCAAGUCACAUCUUCUUCUCGCCGCGACGGGCAAGUAUACCAUAUGGACAGUAGGCAUUGUAUCGCUGGGCCUGGUGGCCAGGAUGUGGGGCCGCGAGGACAUUGAGUGGAAGGAUCGUACCUGGAGACUGUUGGAAAAUAAGGGCCAGAUUGAAUGUGACGAUUUCACAUAUGCUGGGAUGUUGGCAGGCCUCGGGGCGGCAGCGGUGAAGAGCGUGAGGAAGACGGGUUGGGUAGGUGCUGUUGGAGCUGUUGGCCUAGGGAGUACGGCGGGUAUGCUUGGAUAUAUGGGUUGGAGAUACGGUGUGCACGGUGGAAAGUUUGCUGAAAGCGAAGAGAGAUCUUAA